CCGGAAACGGUUAGCUGGCUAGUUCUUUAUCCGUGUUGUCUUAGCUAAUUUGGCUAGCAGAUGUCGACAGGUCGGCUUUAUUUUCAGAAGAAUAUGUGCGCAUAAAACGAAUCCCAACGCCACUCCUAGAAAGAGAGGAGCAUGGCGCACCAAGCCGCUCUACCUCAGCUGUCCCACAAGACGAAAGACCUGGAGCAGGAUGACGACUCGGACAGGGACUCUGCUGUUGGUGCUGAUGCUGAGAGUUGCCAUGGAAGCCCAGUGACUGUAGAGGAUGGAGACAACCACCAAGAUGCCACGGAAGAAAGAAGUCAGGAGGGCGAAGACUUUACAGUUUUUGUUGCGUUUCAGGGGAAUAUGGAAGAUGAAGACUUCAUGACGAAACUUGACACUGUCCUCAGUGGUAUACCCAACGUGCUUGAUAUGGAAUCAAAGAAGCUGAAUCCACAGCACGUAGAGCCGUGGAACAGUGUGCGUGUUACCUUCAACAUUCCACGGGAUGCUGCUGAACGACUUAGGCUGCUGGCUCAGAACAACCAGCAGCAACUUCGAGACCUGGGGAUUCUUUCUGUGCAGAUUGAAGGAGAGGGGGCCAUCAAUGUUGCAGGGGGACCAAAUCGAGGGCAAGAAGUCAGAGUUAAUGGACCAAUCGGGGCACCUGGCCAGAUGAGAAUGGAUGUUGCUUUUCCAGGACAGCCUGGUCCAGGAAUGAGGAUGGCAAAUCCUUUGAUGGUUCCCCCAGGCCCAGGUCAGGCGCUAGUACCAGGCAGCAGUGGACAGAUGCAUCCGCGUGUUUCAAGACCGCCAUCACAGACGGAUGUCAUGGAUCCAAUGAUGCCAGGAAUGUCAGUUCAGCAGCAGCAGCAACACCAACAGGCUGGUCCGCAUGGUCCCAUUCCACCCCAGGCUGCCCAUCAUAUGCAGGCUAUACAGGCUGGAAGACCAAUCAACCCCGCUGCCUUGCAACAGCUUCAGCAACAACAUCACCAACAGCAACAAGCUCAACAGCAAGCACAGCUCUCUCAGCUUGGACCCAGACCGCCAUUCAACCCAUCGGGCCAGAUGGCAAUGCCUCCCGGCUGGACCCCCUCUGCAAUGCUUCAGACACCAGCUGCCCAAGGAGGCCCUGGCUGGAGGAAGCCUCCACCUCAAGCCCAGAUGGUUCAGCGUCCUCCUUCUCUUGCCACAGUUCAGACGCCCAGUCACCCGCCGCCACCUUAUCCGUUUGGUAGUCAGCAGGCAGGUCAGGUUUUCAAUGCAAUGGGACAAGGACAGCUGCAGCAGCAACAGCAGGCAGGAAUGGGCCAGUUUGCUGCACCCCAGCCAAAAGGACCACAGGCUGGCCCUGGUGGGGUUGUAGGACCACCCAGACCACCUCCACCCCUUCCACCGACAUCUGGUCCACAGGGCAAUCUCACCGCCAAGUCCCCAGGGUCCUCGUCAUCUCCUUUUCAGCAGAGUUCACCUGGAACUCCCCCCAUGAUGGCUCAGAGGCCUACAACACCACAGGGUUUUCCUCAGGGUAUUAGUUCACCAGGAAGAGUGCCCAUCAACCAACAAGGUAACAUGCAGCAAGGAUUCAUAGGAAUGCCGCAGCAUGGACAACCAGGGACACAGGUUCAUCCAGGUAUGUCAAAGCGACCUAUGGGCUUCCCAAACCCAAACUUUCCUCAAGGCCAAGUGGGCACCAUUACGCCAGGAACACCCAGUCAAGGAUCCAGUCAGCAGCUACAGAGCAGCCAAACAUUGACUCACACAGGAGUUCAGCAGUCCUCUUGUGCACCAAAUUCAAUGCAAGGCCCACCCCAUGUCCAACCCAAUGUUAUGGGUGUACCAAGUGGCAUAGCAGGUCAGUCCCCUGGCACAACUGCUGUGCCUAGCAUGACCCAGCAGCAGCAGCAACCAGGCCAUCAGAAUCAGAUGAUGGGCCUCCAGCAUCAGGCCCAACCCGUGUCCUCCUCCCCCAGCCAGAUGGUUCAAGGCCAGGGUGGAGGUCAGACUGUCCUCUCUAGGCCCCUCAGUCAAGGGCAGAGGGGAGGGAUGACCCCACCCAAGCAAAUGAUGCCUCAGCAAGGCCAGGGGGUGAUUCAUGGGCAGGGUCAGAUGGUUGGAGGCCAAGGGCAUCAGGCAAUGCUCCUGCAGCAGCAGCAACAACAACAGCAGCAGCAACAACAGCAACAGCAGCAACAACAGCAGCAGCAACAACAACAGCAGCAGCAGCAAAGUUCCAUGAUGGAACAGAUGGUUGUAAGCCAAAUGCAAGGCAAUAAACAGGCAUUUGGAGGGAAAAUACCUGCUGGCAUCAUGCCUGGCCAGAUGAUGCGUGGACCCUCACCAAAUGUUGCAGGUAACAUGCCGCAGUUCCAGGGCCAGGUUGGCCCACAGCAAAUGACUCCACAACAGCAGCAGCAAAUGGCUCAUCUUCAGCAGCAGCAGUUGCAACAGCAGCAGUUACAGCAGCAGCAGCAGCAGCAACACCAGCAGAUGAACCAGCAGCAACCUCAGCAGGUUCCACUUACUGGCAAUCCCAAUCAAAUCAUGGGCAUACAUGGGCAACAGAUGAGGCUCCCUGCCGGACACCCUCUUAUUCAACAGCAGUUGCAGCAACAGCAGUUACAGCAGCAGCAGAAACAGCAGCAGCAAGUGAUGUUGCAGCAGCAGCAGCAGCAACAACAGCAGGCUUCUCAACCACACCCACAUCCAUUGGGAGAUCCAAAUAGUGGAACUGGCGAUUUGGGGGUUCAACAGAUGGUCCCUGAUAUGCAGGUACAGCAGCCACAAGGCAUGAUGGGGGGCCCACAGCACAUGCAAAUGGCAAAUGGACACUUUGCAGGUCAUGGUAUGAACUUUAACCCACAAUUCCCGGGUCAGGUUCCAAUGGGGGGACCUUGUGCACAGACAAGUGGUUUUCCUGUCAGUAAGGAUGUGACAUUGACAAGCCCACUGUUGGUAAAUCUACUGCAGAGUGAUAUCUCAGCCAGCCAGUUUGGACCAGGUGGAAAACAAGCAGGUGGUGGUAAUCAGGUCAAACCAAAAAAGAAGAAACCUGCUCGAAAGAAGAAGCCCAAAGAUGGAGAAGGACCCCAACAAGUUGAGGGACUCGGCGGUCUUGAUGUGACUGGUAAUAUGGAGGAUUCUGAAUUGCAAAAUGUAGGUGGCGAACCAAGUAUGGGCCUGGAUAACUCUUGCAACAAUCGGCCUGCAGGUUUUCAUGGCCAACCUGGUGAUCAAAGGGCACUGCAGCAGGUACCAAUGCAGUUUAUGCAGCAGCAGCAGCAACAGCAACAAAUUCAGCACAUGCAGCAGCAGCAGCAGCAGCAGCAACAACAACAACAACAACAAAUGCAGCAGCACCAGUUACAACAACAACAACAGCAGCAGAUGCAACAGUUGCAGAUGCAAGGCCUCCAGAAUGCUCAAGGGCAGCAGGUAAUGACAGGACCUCAUGCCACAGGUCAAGGACAACCCCAAAUACACCCCCAUCAACUUCAGCAGCAACAGGGUCAACAGCAUUUGCAACAACAGGUACAUUUUAUUGAAGUACCACAGUACUUUACAUCAAUUAUACAGUACAAUCCUACUGAAUUUAACCCCUCCAAACUACAGCAACAGAUGCUGAUGAUGCUUAAGAUGCAGCAAGAGCAGAAAAAUCGCAUGUCCAUCACCCCGGGAGGUCAGCUUCCACCUCGUGGCAUUGGCAAUCAACCUGAGGCACAGAGAGUUCCUGUGUCGCAGCAAGGGAACAUGCCUGUAAUGAUCAGCCUCCAAGGACAUGCAGGAUUAGCACCGUCGCCUGACAAAACUAGAGGGAUGCCCCUGAUCAUAAAUCCUCAGCUUGCAAGUGCUGCACGACGAAUGUCUCUUCCUGAUUCCGGACAGGCUCCACAAGGCACAGGUUCUGAGGAAACAACUUCGGGGAUUCACCAAAAGCAGGACAGGCCAAAUGGUCCUGAAACUGGCGUACAGGCUGGAAAUGGGGCCCAACAGAUGAUUGCGAACCAGGGUCCCACCUCACACAUGCUGAAGCAAGGCCCUGUUGCACCGCCCGUGACCCAGCACACUACAGCUAGUCCCCAACAACAGUUGCCCACUCAGCCUCAACAAGGAGGACCUAUGUCUGGCAUUCAUUUCCCCAGUGUUCCCACAACUUCACAGAGCUCCAGACCAAAAACUCCAAAUCGGGCCAGCCCCAGACCAUACCAUCACCCCCUCACCCCAACUAAUCGUCCACCCAGCACUGAACCCUCUGAAAUCAACCUUUCACCAGAGAGGCUAAAUGCUUCAAUUGCUGGGCUAUUUCCACCUAAAAUUAACAUUCCUCUGCCCCCCAGGCAGCCAAACUUAAACAGAGGGUUUGACCAGCAAGGUCUCAACCCAACAACUUUGAAAGCCAUUGGACAGGCACCUCCGAGCUUAACUUUACCAGGCAACAACAGCAACAAUGGAAGUGGUGGAAAUAAUGCUAACAGUAGUCAGCAGCCUUUUGCCGCUGGUACCGGAGGAGGCACUAAACAGGAGAAGCAGUCUGGAGGACAGGGCAAAAGGGCAAGCCCAAGCAAUAGUCGUAGAUCAAGUCCAGCUUCUAGUCGUAAGUCAACCACACCAAGUCCUGGAAGACAAAAAGGGACAAAAGUGGCCAUCACCUGCCCUCCCCAACCUCAGCAGGUGGUCAACCCUCAAGGGCAAACGAUGAUGCUAAGCCCGACCUCAGUAACCCCAAAUCCAGCAUCUUUACCCUCACAAUUGAGCGGAAGCACAGAGACACAUCAGACUCAGAAUCCAUUCCAUGGUCUACCUGAGGGAGUCAGAGAAAGUCAGGCAAUAACAGCAGACCAACGUCAGAUGUCUCAGACUCAGCCGAUGAAGGAGUUAUCAGCUCCAAGAAUGAAUAGUCCUCGUCUCUCUACUCCUCAGCAAUCUAAAUCUGACCUGGAGCAGCAAGGUGCGGCAUUAGAUAGGCAACCAGCACACAAAGCAUCUCUGCAAGACUCUGAGGGAUCGGUUUCUGUGAGAUCCGCUCCUACGUCCCUCAACCAGCUUCUGGACAACAAGAUGCUUCUUCGGCCUGUGCAUGGCAUUGCGGUUAGGGAUGCUAUUGGAAAAGACGCUCCUAAAUUGUCUGUGGAUCCAGAGAGACAACUCCAUAGUAACACUCAGAGUGCAGACAUGCAAGUGUCAGGACCUGCUGUCCCUCUUAACGAAUCAGAAGCUAAACUUAAACCUGCUGUCUCAACCCCUGCUAACAGUCACAACGUGACUCCUUGUACAAACAUGACUCUCAGUACCACUCCCACCCAUACGCAAAACCCUUUGUCCUCUCCUGGUGUCAGUUCCAGUCUAAAUGUAAGUGGCACCCUUUGUUCAACCUUAAGUAACACCAGUGUUGCCCAGGGUGUCAGCACCAUCCCGAUUACUUCCACCCACUGUAAUCUUUCAUUAGCUGUAAGUGCCAGUUCUAACGUGACUUGUAGUCCCAACCAAGCCAGUUUGAAUCUCAAACCCGGCAUGGGCCCUAAGCCUGUAACAAAUGUUCACUCAGUUAUUCAAAUUCCUGCUUCAUCGAGUUCGAUUUCGCCGAACCAGAUCACUGUAUUUGUCACGCCUAACCCAAUCACUUCUGCCCCCGCAUCUCAAGUUGCUCCAUCUGUAGUACCCACAAUGGUAGCUCUACCAAACAAGAAUAUUCGACCACAGGAUAUCCGGCAUCAGACGCCUGUCACUCGACCGCCUCAGUUUAUCACCACCACCCCUGUUUUUAUCAACCCAAUUUUUCAAGUACCAAGUACAUCCGUGUCAUCCAAUACCACAGUAGUAUCUCAGUCAGUCACUAUGGUGGGAUCUGUUCAAGUGUCUGCUGCUAACAUCCAAUUUUCUACUGCCCCGAGUGCCACGCAGUCGUCAGGGGGGAACAUCACCACCUCUCAACCUUCCCGAAGCACUGUAGGACAACUUCAAACUGCUACGAGUGUGUCCUCGUCCACACCAAUAGGUGCUCCUCCGGUACCUCAGCAAAUCACUCAUGGGACUCUUAAAAUAGAAAAUGUAGGUGAAGCAACCUCUGCUCUGAAAUCAACUCUCCCAGUGAGCCAGCCGUCGUCUUAUUCAAGCUCGUCAGCAUCCUCCCCCUUUCAGCCUACCAUUGCAUCUCCUCCCUGUUCGAUUCCGAGCAGUGUCAAUCCACUUCGAAAGGGGCCUAUGCCUCCGGUUUCCACUUCUCAAAUAAAAAGUAAGCUGACGCAGGGAACCAUAGCGCACUCAGCAACAGCUGAUUCUAAAAUACCCGCUCAGCCACCCAUUGUGGCUUCUGCACCCCAUGUGAUGCCUGUAUUGGCCUACACCACUGUUGCUGCUCCCAACGUUACCCCAGCAACAGUCUCCUCCUAUAUGACACUUCCUGGUCAACUUGCUGUUUCUUCCCAAGCCCCCAUGCCUACUUUAGCUUCAGUGUCAAACCUCGCACACACUGUAACUUCUCCAAAUCCGCACGUCACUGUCGUUGAUACCACCACUGCGGUCUCCUCGGCUACCUUGCUCUCUACAGUUACUGCUGUGCAAAAUUCAGUACCAUCUAUUGUUCCAAUUGUCACCGUGCCAGGAUCUAUUCAGGAUGGCCCACCCACAAAUCCAUCUCCUGUUGCUAAUGUCAGCGGAGUUCCUUUUUCUCAGGCUGGACCUCUGUCUGACACUGUUCAGACCAUACCAGAAUGUAUUCAUCCCGAAGCUUCGCAAGAGCCUGUUGCUAGUGAGAAGACAAGUGAAGAAGUAUUGACAGGUCCUGAUCAGGGAUGGGCAAAGAAAAGAAAGACGCCCAUCAACUUAGUCCCAAGAGCUGCUGCGGAGAAGCCCAAGGGUCCGAGCAGACGCAGCUCCCGAGCAGAGAAGGAGGUGGAGGAAGAGCCAGCAGUCGACAGCGGUGUUCGGAAGAGAUCAGCUCGGCCUGGGACAACUGCUGCUGUAAAAGAAACUGGAGCCAGUCCUACCCAGGCCAAACGAAGGAAGUCAAAAUAGGAGCUUGUGAACUCAACAGUCAGGUUCUUGUUUCCUGCAUCGUCACCCGAUUUGGAUUUCUCUGACCUGGGAUAUGAUUUUUCACUGGAGGAAGGAAUCAUGUACAUAUUGUUUUAAAAAGAGUAUUGAUGUAUUGUCCAUCCUAUACUGUAAGAUUGUAGUUAAAUAGUGUGCAUAUGACAUGUGCUUGUAUGAUUGUGCUUUUUUUUUUUGUUACAUGCUGGAUUAAUCAUGUUUAGACUGAUAAUGGAGCUUCUUAUGUUGUAAACCUGAAUUAAAUUUUCUACUGCUUUAGCCCAAUAAUGGUAUUUACUGCAGCUUGGGUACUGUAUUUAGACUAUCAGUAAGUAGUUUAUGCACUGAAAUCUAAACCGAAUGCCAUACUGGUGAGUAAAACACAAAUUACAUUUUCAAAUAAAUUAAUUAACAUUCAUUAAAAAAAAUAUCAGUUGAUUCUCGGUACAAGUCCAAAUGAUCGAGGCUGGAUUGUGAAGAUUUUGUAACCCUGCUCUUGGCUGUCUGUCGGUCCGUCAUAUACGGUCGUCCAUCGCUAUAUCACGGUCGCUCCUCACUAUAUCGUUGUUUUUUAAAAAAAGAAAU